AUGAAACCAGACCUUCUCAGAAUGAAGGAAGUUGCAUUGAUUUAUCUUGACAGGAGUGGUGGCCUUCAGAAAUUUGUGAAUGCCUGCAAAUUAUACAAUGGUAGUAUUUAGCAAUUUUUAAAAUUAUAGUUUAAAUCAGGAAAGGGCAAUGUUGAUGGUUUUUACUUUCUACUCUUACAGAUUCAAAGCAAAGUUAUGCCAUUUUCCGGUUUCCUAUAUUGAUAAAUCCAUCUGAUAUUAUUGAGUUGGAUGCUACCCUUGGAAAUUACAUUUUGCAUAAACCUGUGAAGGCCACUCAGAUUUUUCAGUCUGUAAGGAAUCUCAUAUAUUUUGGUGAAAUUUGUUAAUCACUCUUUUAAACUGUAGUUGCCUUAUGAAAUGAAUUGGGUUUUGAAUUAUAGGUGUGUUUUACAGCAGUUAAAACACUGUCACUAAUUCAGCAGCUACAGACUGAAGCUCAGGUAGGUUUGAACUCUGCUUUUCGUAUUUCACUUUUUAAAGAAAUUAGUUGUAUUUAUAAAACAAUAUAGCUUCACUGACCUUUUAGUUUGUUGCACUAUUUCUUCUGAAAUGCGUUCAAGGCAUAUCUUAAUUAUAGUAAGCUUCCUUGGAAGUAAGCCCUUUUGACUUCUGAGUUGGCAUGCAUAGGAUUCCACUGUACAGUGGUACCUUGGGUUAAGUACUUAAUUUGUUCCAGAGGUCUGUUCUUAACCUGAAACUGUUCUUAACCUGAAGCACCACUUUAGCUAAUGGGGCCUCUUGCUGCCACCGCGCCGCCGGAGCACAAUUUCUGUUCUCAUCCUGAAGCAAAGUUCUUAACCUGAAGCACUAUUUGGAUUUGGAUUUCUGGGUUAGCGGAGUCUGUAACCUGAAGUGUAUGUAACCUGAAGCGUAUGUAACCUGAGGUACCAUUGUAGUAUCUGUUAUUUAUAACUGGCAUCAUCAUCAUGGUAUUUCUGUCUCUCUUUUUUCAGAUGAGCAUAGUGCUGAAACUAACACAUUUACCUUCCCUGCCCAGUUAUAUUUUCAGUCUUUGCAAAUUUCCAUUUGAUUACACUUCUCAGAGAUUUUAUAUGGCAGAGGGAAUAGUUGUUGCAAUGUCCACUGUAACAAAAUAUACACAAGGAGCAAGAUUUGUUUGUUGUGAUGAAAACUGUCCGUUUUCUGAAGGUACACCAACCUGGAAUCUUGAAUUCUAUUAUAACUUACUGACUUACACCAGUAAAUCCAGCUUUUAAAAAAUAUACCGUAAACUUGUACAAGACAUUGUAUAUAAAAUCUAAUACACUGCAUGUUGCUGACAUAUUUGCAAGAGCGUUAUAGACCUGUGAUUUCUCAUACUGGAUACACAUGAACAUCGUUUCACAAACUGAUUUUCCUACUAUCAAGCAGAUCAUUGGCUGUAGAAGGGACUAGGAGGAAAAAGCAGAGAAGAUAAUUGAUUUCUGUGUUCAUAACUUUUAUGCCUGCCUGUUGUGUUUAGAUGCAUCUCUGUGUCCCGCACUAUACUGGCUAGAUCAUUUGCCAUUGACCAUACCACUCAGCAGUAGUGUUCAGUGGAUUGUUCUCCAUCGUAUAUUCCAAAAAUUAAAAGAUUAUACUCUACUUCUGUUGUCUAUCAUGCAAAUAUUUCUGUUUGCUGGUGGACAACGGGUGGGAUUCAGACUUCUCCUUCUCCAUGGACAGAACGUUCCAUCCUCUCCUCUCCCUGCAUACUGUUCUGGGAGUUCUUCUGACCCCCUACAGUGGAUUUGGUGGAGAUGUGGGGGAGGGGAGGGGAGAGGGGAGGCUCAGCAGGAGCCAUUACAAUGAUUUCCGCUAGCAUGGCAGGUCUUAACUGAAUCUGACUAUCAUACCUUAUAGUCAACUGAGGACUCUGUAUUACGAUGGCAAAGCAGUGUGCCAUUCAAACAACUCUAAAAGGGGAUGCCAAUUUUUUUGGCACUUGCCCCAAAUGAAUGAACGGGAUGUCAAUAUUCUUUUCAAGUAGGUACACUAUCAGAGAUCAUUUGGUGAUGAUUAAUUAAAUUAAAUUGGAAACCUUUAUAAAUCAAUAUAUAGCACUUUGUGAAUGUUUAGAACUUUAAAUAUGGUCUUUUAUACACUUCCCCUAGGAUUUCAGUAUAUAAGAGUACAUACUCCUGGAGCGACAGAAUCUGCAACAGUGAGAAACAAUUUUGUGUGCACUUUGUGUACUUCACCACUGCGGGAAGAUAUGAAAUACAGAGUACUUGGUGGUAAACAUUAUAUAGUAGUUAUUAGCCCUAAAUUAUACCAUUUCAAUAGCUAUAUUUUUAUGGUGAGGUGUACUAUUGGGCAACAAGAGAAGGAAAAAACAUGGAGGAGGGAGUUCAAAGUCAUCCCUACAUCAAGUGAAGCUUAUAAUGUAUGCCCCAUGGUUACAUUGGGACUCUGAUAGGCUCCCCACUUCCUAAGUCUGAAUGUGUCUGAAAUACAGAUUUAACCCAGUCUCUUAGCAUUUUAUAGUGUGUGAAGAAAAUCUAAUUAGUAGACUUAUUUUUGAAUCACAAAGUUUCCUGAGGUUUCAGUGUCCCAGUAAUACAUGUUUGCAUAUGAUAAUUUCUUUCACCAGACAUUCACAGGGUUAUAAUUUAAAGACAAAAUGCUAAAAGGGAAGGGGAAAAGGUGGCUACCCCCAUACGUCUAUGGAGAUUGUCCUUUUAAACUCUGUACAAUUCAGGAAAGGACUGCACGUUAAGAUAUACCAUCAUAUUUUGAGGCCAUUUAAAAAAAAUAAAUUAGAAUUUCAGUUGUGUCAACACAAAGGAGGUAUUAGCUGGUUUAAGCAACUAAAAUGGGUCAGAGAGGAAAGGUGCCUUUGUACUAUCUUGUACUUUUUGUUCGUAAAACUGGGUUCUUUUUAAAGGAUUUUCGUAAAGAAAUUGCCCCAUGAACUGGACAAAAUUGUCCCAGCUUUGUUAACAUGAAACCAGCACAAGACAAAAGUACUGUAUUGGUCCAAAUAGAAGCCACACCCACAAAUAAGCCGCACCUUUAAAAUUCAAGGCUUAAUUGUGGGUGCGGCCUGCAUCCCAGCACUACUGCCCAGAACAGGGAAUGGGAGGUAGCCUGCGCCAGUGCUCGGCACUCCACUCCCCAAGCUGGCGCUGGUGCUCUGUUUCAAGCGAGCUGCAUGCCCACCUCCUGGCACUACCACCUCCUGGCACUCCCUCCCCAAGCCGGCGCUGGGGGAGGUUUGGGAGUUGUGGGUGGGCUGACCAUUGCCCUGCACUGCUUUGGGGGGGGGCAUAAGGUCAUGAAUAUAAGCCAAACUUUUAUGGCCCAAAUUUGGAAAAAGAUGCUGGUUAUAUUUGGACCGAUACAGUAGCUUGAUCCAUCCAUCCCAAGCCUGAAUGCAGGUUCGAUAUUUGUCUCGCGCAAGACAAACCAUGAGAUGUAGCAAGGUUUGUUGUAUGGCUUGCUGCUUGUGUUUGUCUUGAGUAAACAAAACAUGAGCCUGGGUUUGGAUGACACACUAAGCCAUCUCAUGACAUAGCUCUCAACAGCACCACGGCACACGCAGAGAAGGAGCAAAACAGCUGCAGUCUCCUCUCUGGGAGCCCACACGUGCUAGUGUUUGCGCUAAGUCAUGGUUUGGUUUAACAUUUUAUGUGAUUCAGAUCACUUUAUAACUUCACUUUUUUGACCGUUUUGUCAAUAGGUUAUAAAGCUUAGGAAGAGUAGUACUAAAGUAUUUGAGUGGAUAUAGUUCUGAGUGUUGGGAUGAUUUAGAAUGCUUUUUCUUUAAUAAUACUAAUCCCAGUUGGGCAAUUGGCUUGAGAUGGACUUCUGAUUAAUUUUUUAAAAUGUAAUCUUACGUUUUUCUUUUUUAAAGAUAAGCAGGUUAUUGAAAUAGUUGAUGCUAAAGCAAUUAGUGCUUUUCAAGGAUUUUCCAGCAGUAAAACUCCUUUCAGAUUUCAAUCUUUCACAGUUUUUCUAAGAGGUAAGUUUUGUGUUUAAUGCUAAUUUUUAUUAUUAGGCUGAUAAGUGUGGCAGAAUUCUGUUAGUCUAGCAUGUGUUAUACAAAAUAGCAUUUGGAUGGAAUAAAUCUUUCACUUUCUGAAUAGAUAUGUCUAUCAAUAAAAUGUGAAUGUAUAUGUAGAGAAGCUCAUAUAUUAGGAAAGGGGAGUAUGUGAAAAUAAAAUGUAGAGGCUCUUUUUAAAAAAUAAACACAAUCUUAUCUUGUCCUUGGAAUUUGACUUCCUCCUUUCAGUUCAUAUGAUAAAGCUUUUCUGUAAGUAACUAGGUUUUGUAACAUCCUUCCUCAAUCUAGCUACUUCCCUUAUUCUCUUGAGAUCUCUGCCAUUUCUGGUUUACAUAAUUCAUCCUCACAGAUUUUAAAAUAGGAGCCUAUUUCUGUGUUUCGGUUUUUGUUGUUUUUAAAUGGUUUGUUUAUGUCCUUUUGAGACAAUCAACUGAGAUUUUUCUCCUGCACACAUCUAAUUGAAAUAACUUGAACAAAAUCUGCUUUGUAUGUAAUGCCCUGAAAGUGUGGUUUUUCUUGCUUUAAAAGUUUGCCUGAAGUCUUUUUUAAAAGCCUUCUGAACACAGUUGACUGCAUGUUGAACCACUCAGAAUAACAAAGUUAAAAGUGGAUGAACCACAAGGCUGAAAUAGGUCAAUUAUGGAAAAAGUAGCAAAGGGACAGUACUGGCAAUAUAUAAAACAAUACUCCAAAACACUACAAGUCCCCUUACUGCAAUCAAAGCUGAAUGGGGACAUGACAUAGGAUAUGAAAUAAACCCAACCCAAUGGUCGAAGCUGUGGACUAAACCACCCUUUAAGUCUCUCUCAGGCAAGAGAAGGGAACUCACCCUGAAACUUAUCUACAGGUGGUACCUAAUACCACAUAAGCUGGUGAUGAUACACCCAGGAAUUUCACCUAAGUGCUGGAGAGGAACCACUGGCACUGACACACACCUCCAGAUGUAGUAGGAAUGCCCCAAAAUUCAAUCUUUUGGGAUAACAGUCUUACAAGAAAUUUGCAAAUUAACAAAACAGGUAAUAGAAGCAACUCCAAAAUUUGUCUUACUAAAUUUCUUCCAAGACAAUAAUGCACAUUCACAUGACAAAAAACUUAUAAACCACUUACUCUCAGCAGCUAGGAGUCUCAUAACCAGACAGUAUGGGAAACUGCCCUACGAGAAAAACUUAGCAACAAACUGAAAUGACCAUGGGACAAACAAAGGAUGCCUUUACCCAAGUGUGCUCCCCUUCAUCACAUACACAAGCCAACAAGACAAUGACUGAUCCCCCGCCCGACAACAUAUGAAUCAAUAUGGCUAAUGUAACCUAACAAUGCCCCCCCCCAAAACACUACCAAUCAACUGCAACCAACCAUACCUUGGGCCCUCUAACUUCUUAUUCUGUCAACAAUAAUAAGACACCUAUCCAAGUGACACUGACAAAAAAGCUCCACUCAUAUAUGCAAAAAUGAAAGUUUAAUGUGUCCUUCACCUUCCCCCUCUCCUAAAUUUCUUUUUCUCUACUUUCUCCCCUCUCUCAACCCCACAUUGUCUACAACAAAAAAGUCUCAAACUGAUUGUAUUUGAUUUGUAUGAAGGAUGCUACAAUUUAAAAACCGAGACACUGAAUGUACUUUUGUUACUUAUGGAAAACAUUCCAAUAAAAACUUUAAAAAGAAAAAAAUAUUUUAAAAGUAGAUGGAUUUGGUCACAUGAAUGCAGCUUUGUGUUCAAUCUUAUAAAUGCAGAAGGAAGAUGGUGGGAAUGGAUCAUUCCUACAGGUAACUCUUAUUUCUAUCCUCAUAAAGGUAAUCUAGCCUUUAUAGACCAAACUACAUAAAGCAGUAAGCUGGGCAGAGCAAUCCUAUGUGUGACUUUUUGCAAGUUAGGGAAAACUUUCAUCUUCAGUAAGCCGUUUGGUUACCAAAUGGCUGUUUUAAUUAAGCCGGUUUUCAACUGUCCCUGGUUUUUGAAUAGUUUUUACUGCUUCCAUGUUGUGUUGCUUCCUGCUGCUCCUUUACAGUGCAUGUUUACCUGAACUUUAGUUCCACGGCCCUUACUCCCAGGUAAGAGCAUUUAGAAUUGCAGUCUUAGUAUCCGUAACAUUUAAAAUUGUUUGUGAUCUUUUUUCCUGUUGUUAACUACCUAGCUUUUAUGAAUAAAGGCAGGGUAUGUCUUAAGCAGAUACAUACAUCCCUACAUGUUUAUUUGCUAAUUUAUAGAUGAACUAUCUAAUAAAAUGGAAAUAGGAAACAGGUAUAAAGUUAUAGGAAUUCCAGUCUGUAUGCCAAGCGGCAUACAAAUCACACUUUGCCUGGAAGCCAACAGUGUACAUCUCUGUAAUCUCACAGGUAAGGCAAGGGGAUAGUUGAAGUAGGUGUGCAUUCAGUUCCUGAUUGAACAAGUGGAGAUUUUUGUGUUUGUGUGUGUGUGUGUGUAUGUAUAUGUAUAGCAAACUUUUUGGGACUUUCUGUAUGAUUGAAAUUUGCUUCUUCCUCUCUCCCUCUCAAAUAUGAAUAAACAAGCUGUUAAAGUUGGUUUGAAUAAAUACAGAUCACACAAUUCACACUGUGUUUUAGAGGGCACUCUGUCUGCUAUUUCAGCUGGAUAAGAAUUAAGGUAAAGGUAAAGGGACGCCUGACUGUUUAGGUCCAGUCGUGACCGACUCUGGGGUUGCGGCGCUCAUCUCGCUUUAUUGGCCGAGGGAGCCGGCGUACAGCUUCCAGGUCAUGUGGCCAGCAUGACUAAGCUGCUUCUGGCGAACCAGAGCAGCGCAUGGAAACGCCGUUUACCUUCCCACUGGAGCGGUACCUAUUUAUCUACUUGCACUUUGAUGUGCUUUUGAACUGCUAGGUUGGCAGGAGCAGGGACCAAGCAACAGGAGCUCACCCCGUCACUGGGAUUCGAACCGGCGACCUUCUGAUCGGCAAGUCCUAGGCUCUGUGGUUUAACCCACAGCGCCACCCACAUGAAUGAGUGAAUUAAGUGAAUGGUAAUAGUAGUCAGAGAGUGCCCUCUACCUAUUAAUUUGUGAUCCAACAGCAUUUAAAUGACUUCACAUUUGAGACUUAAAUUACUUUUAAAUGUAUUUAUAAAACCUACAUUGCUUUUUACUAUCAAUUAUGCACUCUCCUACAUUUACAUUUACACAUUGCCCUAAUAGUAUUGGCGUCUUGUGCAGAUCUUGUUCAUUGGGUUUCUUUGUGGGCUUGCAUUUCAUCUGUAGUUCUGUGCUUAUUGUGGUAUCUGACUUUAGUCAUAUGAGUUAGGAUUUAGCCACAUUUCUGCUUCUCUCCCCUGCCCCCAACCGUGGAGUAAACUACUCUUUAGUGCUCAACCAGAGCAAACAGCAAUUUGGGUUUUCUCUUGAUUAAUGUUUGCUCCAGUUGAGCACUGAAAAGCAGGUUUUCCCUGGGAAAGGAGUAAGGCAAGAUGAAAACUGCUCAGAUCUGUGCCUAGAAAGCAUGGGUCAAGGGGAAAACCACGUUUGCUCCGAUUGAGCACUGAAGAGCAGGUUUUCCCUGGGAAAGGAGUAUGGCAAGGUGAAAAUUGCUCAGAUCUGUGCCUAGAAAGCAUGGGUCAAGGAGAAAACCACUCAGAUCCAGACUUUCUUGACACAGGAUAAGCAAAAAUGUGGACAAGCCCUUAGAUAUGUCUAGGUUAAGUCCAUUGUUUGCAGUUGGGUGCUCAUCGAGUAUGACUUGGUUGGAUACUACCACAUUGUAAAAUGCCUUGUUGUUUGUAGAAAGGAACCACAUAAAACUAUAUACAGUGGAACCUCGGGUUACGAAUGUGAUCCGUGCAGGAGGCACGUUCGCAAGCCGCAGCAUUGUGUCUGCAUACGCACGUGACGCGAUUCAGUGCUUCUGCACAUGCGCUGAAACUCGGAAGUAACCUGUUCCGGUACUUCUGGGUUUCGGCGUGUCCGCAACCUGAAGCAUCUGUAAACCGAGGUAUCACUGUAAAUGUACAAACAAUAGUUUACUUAAUUUCAUUUAGACAUCAUGAGGGCUAACUCACUGUGAACCAAGUCCAUACAUAUUGAAAUUGGGUAUGGAUAUAUUCUUUUGGAUCUCGCCUGAGGAUACAAGGUAGUAUUCUCAACUGACAGCCUGGGCAAACAAAGCACUGCAGAAUUGGGAGACCACAUAAUUAGACACAGUAGAGAAUGGCCCAAGUUACAGGGGCCGUUGAAGGAAUAGCCUGUUUUCAUUUAACAAAAUGAAACUGAUUUUAAUGUGUUCACACCUGCAAACCUGAGAAGCAAUCCUGUGACCACUUAGCUGGGAACCACGUUAAUCUACAUGCAUAAGAGUGAGCUUAAGGUGGGUGUUUGUAAAACUGUUUUUCUAGUUUUGUAAUUACAAAUGGAAGAUGUGAAACUGAAUAUAUUUGUAAAAAUUGUAAGAUAUGUUGUUCAUAUAGAUUCAUUUGGCUUUGGUGUGUUUUUGUAUUAGGCCCUUCCCAGAUCAGUGAAAAAUUUAAGUAUCUGCUUUCUUUGACUUCAAAGUCGUGUUGGAGAUUUACAGCUCUUCUGGCCAAUAGUUUUGCUUCACAAGUACUUCCACCAGGCAUUAACAACACUCUCAAACUAGCUAUAUUGUUAAGUCUAGUACAGACAAGUGACAGAAAUGACUUAACAGCAGAUUACCUGGAUAUUUUGGUAUUGACGAAUGAUUCACUAAUAUUAGAGAGGUAACUAAGUGCUCUUUUCUUUAAUAAGCAGAUUCUCUCCCCCUUUUGUAGGAUGACUGUGUAUACCCUUUAUUUAGCUUUGUGCAAAGAACAAUGUUGUUACUGCAAUUGUUCCAAUUUCUUAUUUUGCUUUUAAAGGAAAAUAUGUGAGGUAAAACAAUGCAUAUACUUCUUUAUUCCAAGGACAGAAUUAUUCUACUGAACUGCAAUGUCAUGUAAACUAAAAUCAUUUUUUAAAACACUUGAUUUCUUUUCCAAGUGUAUUACACAUCCAUAACUAAGAUAUCUACUUUCCCCAUCACCUAGAGUUAUGAAUUACAGCAUUAGUCUUGUUCCACGGGGCAUACGGCAUAUUCCAUCUGGUGAAGUUUUUCCUACUGUGUCCAAAGAUAAGCAUGGAACUGGAACUGCAAGCAUUCAGGCUAAUAGUGCUUUGCUGGCCAAAGGGGGAGUAUGCUUCAUUGGAGAAUUAUCAUCACAUAGGAAGGAUAAGCUUGAACAGUUGCAGUCAGGUAAACCAACUGAAAGUUUUGUAUAAUGCAGUACCUAAAAUCUGGCAUACCUUAUUUCAGUUAUCCAAAUGUCCAAAUACACUUUGACUUAAAAGCUCCCUUAUGCCAGGUUUCUGUCCAUCACAAUAUUUUUUCCACAGUAAGAAAUCAGAACUGCAACAGCUUUCUACAUAUCAGAGGAUAUCACAUUUUGUAUGCGUGUGUAAACCCACUAUGUUUAGUCACAUGGGCUGGCAAAUGACAAUUCUUGCAGAAUCACUUUACUUGCCUUGAUCAAAUGCAGCCUGUAGUAGUUUUCAUAUGAGAAAGAGCAAAACACUGGGAUAUUGUCUGUCUGCUAGCAGGGCAAUGUAUUGAUAAAGAAUAAUUAUUUUAAUCAUUAAAAAAUAAAAAAUAACUAAGGUGACAUUCAAUUGUGCCUGUAACUAGCGGAAAGGACUUCCGCUUGUACAAUGAGAAGGUCCCUUCCACUCCUGGCAGCUUCCACAUGUCCACCAAACCUACUGUUGUCAUAUCUGGAGGCCCUGGAGCAGAUUGGGGGAGGGCAUAUGUGGUGGAUACAGGGGAAAAGAUUGGGUAUCACCACUACCUUCUAAGAUAGAAAUUAGUAUAUUAUUCACCAAUUUCUAUGUCCUUCAAAAUAGGGAGCAGUAUAUCAACCUGUUCUCUGCUACAUUUUGAUAUGCAGCACUUCCAGUGCAUUUCUGUAAUUUGAAUAUAUAGCAUGCGAGCUAUCUUCUUUAAGACAAUGGCACUAUGUUGUUUUCAUUCUUCAAAGACCUAUUUAUAGUGAAAUAAAAAAAUAUCUGAUUUUAAGUAGUCUUUAUUGCCUGACUUUACAAGUACUUGAAGGAAGAACAACUACUAUAUUCAUCCCUGGAAAGAAAUAUGGAGAAGAAAUUGAUCAGCAGGUUACUCUUUCAAUUCAAACCAGUUUUUGGUCAUUUAUUGAUGUGGAUGCUUCUUGCAAAAAGCAUAUCCAAGGAGAUAAUACUCUAAUAGGCCAAAUGGUAAGUAACGUUUCUUUGCUAGAAUUGCACAAUGACAUUAAUUAAAAAUACCUAAUAGCUUUUAGAGUGACAUUGAUAUACAAAAUUUGCAGCCACUUUCUAGAAAGUGAUUUCCUCCAGUCAUGCAAUCUAUUUUCAUCAGUGAAUUGAGGUACCGGUAGUUUCUACAAUAUUAAAACUAGGACUAUAGUGCAUGCAUGCGUUAAAUAGACCAAGAGUGCUAAAUGAAAUGUUCCAAAAUGUGUUUCUCAGAAAAACCACUGAAUUUUACAUUUUUCUAGAUACCCUCAGUCCCAAAUAAUUCACUUGCUGGUUUUGUCUGGAAACCAUAUGAAGUUCUGUUCUGAAAUAUAAAUAUUGAUUUUGUCUAGGAUUUAAGCUUUAUUUCAGCUAACGUUAUAGAUGCUUUUUGGCUUCUGAUACACUGCAAUGAAUCAGCAUUUUCCAAUCCAGUUCUUCCUGUUGUGAAUCUCCUUUUAAAAAAGGCCAUCAAUCCAGAAGAUGCAGUCUAUGCUAUCUCCAAACAGUUUGGAACACAAGAUUAUGAGGAGGUAACUAGACAUUAUGAAUUGAACCCAACAAGCGGGGCAGUUUGAUAAGCUGCUGUUCUAUCAAUCAUAUUUCUGAUUAUGUGCAUUUGAAUAAUGAGGAUCCCUUUUGUUCCUCUGCUACUUUAACUUCAAUUUGUACAAGUAACCAACUUACAAAAUAUAUGUUAUGUGUCUAACUAGACAUAUUUGCUAAAGGACUCGUCUGCACUUUAUCAAAUUCAGACAAUUUCAAUGUCCAAUAUUCAGAAUAGGAAUGAGAACUUUUCUUACACUAAAUCUACAUCUUUAGUAAAGCUGUGAAAUCCAACAGUGGCUUCAAAAUACAAGUGAAAAGAAGCAAGGAAGGUGUUUGACCCCACACUUACUUGACUGCAGAACGGUGUACCAACCGUGCUAAAUCAUGAGUAUCUUAACUUCCAUGGUGAUUGGUGUAAACUGUCUUAAGCAGUUAGGAAGUAAGUUGAGUUUGUAUUUAUGCAACCACUCAUAUAAUCCACAUUUUUUCCUAUUUUAAAAUCAUGUUCUUUGUAAUGUGAAAAUAUGUCAAGAAUAAUGAAUUGACAAAUUAUUAAUAUUUUAAUGAAAAUUGUGUCUUGGAAAAUACUUUUUAAAGCGAUACACCUGAAAUUUAAAGAUCACUGGUAAAUCUAGUGAUUUUUCCACAGAAUUCAUAAACCAAUGAAAUAAUUUAUGUCAUUUUAGUUCCUUGCUUUCUCCAAAAAUUUGCAUGUGGAACUCUGUUCAGAAGCAGAAAGGCUGAUUCACGGUUACUACUUAGCAAGUCGCAGAGUCAGAACACAUCCUGUUCAUGGAUCAAAUCUCUCAGCAACUGCACUGAAUAUCUUGUAGGUUUUCAUUUACAUGUCAAGUAUGUGUUCUUCAAAAUUUGUAUUUAACCUGUGUAAUAAUUCUGCAUAAGUAACUAUGAUAAACCCAAAUCUGAUGGCUAUAAGCCAAAAUAUUCCUUUGUUUUCCAAAAGCUGGGAAAGAAAAUAGGAUCAGUCAUUCCACCAUCAUCAUGUUCCUAAUACAUUUCCCCUUAGCUAUGUAAGUUAUAGAAUACAUAAUUAUAUGCACUUUUGGUCUGUUUUAGAAAUGUCAGUUUAUAUGCAUAUCACUUCUGGAGGAAGUGCUUAUGCAUUUUCUUGGGAAUCAUUCAGCGUGCUCAGAAGAAAUUAUUCAAAUUAGACACAGGAUUGUUCGCUUCCUGUUUCUUAAAUUGCGACAGCUUAUCUGUAUAAGUUACAUGUGAACAAAUGUGUAAUUUCAAGCAGCACUAAUCUUAGAUUUUGUAAAAAAAUAAUAAAGUUUAAGAGCUCAAAAGCCAUUUUAUAUAACUUUGUUUUGUUACAUUUCUGAAUAUGAUGUAUCAGUUUAAACUUGACUCUCAUAGCCAGUUUUUCAAGAGAAUUCAUAAGCUCCUUCCAAACCUCACAAAUGGUAAUCUAAUAGAGUUGCCCACCUCUCUAUUAUCAUUAAUAGAUAAAGAUCUAUGUAUAAGUUAUACAUUAAUUAACAAUUGGGCGUGCACAGUAGAGGGUAUUUGCCUUGCGCACUAUAGCUAUUUUAACCAAUAUGGCUCCAUCUCUAUCAGCCUAAAACCACACCUCUGUUUGUACUUGUAACUGACCUGAAUUACAUCAAAAAUACACAAGUCCCAUUUCUCCCCAUACAUGUCUGUAGCAGCUACAUUUCACUGUGUGUAAAGAUUCAUACAACAUCUCUGGCAACAGACUUCGUUAUUAAAAUUUUGUACAACUGAUUUAAAAUUAUAAAAUUUAUGUUUGUACUGUAGGAUUUCACUGUCUAAAGCACAUGCUAAGCUGAGUUUAAGAACAGAAGUACUUGAAGAAGAUGUUUUGAUUGCUGUAUUACUAUUUGAAUCAUCUCUCACUUUAAAAUACGGUAUAAACCUUUUAACUGAACCUUUCUUAAUGAGGGCUAUUAAAAUACUGUAACCACGUAAAAUCCUUAAACGCAGGGUGCUUUUAUGAUUGGGCUGAAAAGCAGAGCUCCAAAUACUGAAUGUCUGGUUACCUCUCAAGGUUCUGCUUGUCCACCCCAAGUCUCAUUUCCAUGGAUGAGAUUUCUCUUCCCUUCCUUUUGUGUUGACAUCACCAUCUAUUGAAGAGUCCGCAUUGAAGGGCACUGUCAGAAACAAGACACUUGACACUCCUGCACUUGGUUCCUAUAAAGAGCCCCUCUUUCUCGCACAAAAUAUAUUGCGUCCAUCUUGACCUAGAUGCCACUGUAAUGAGUGAAUUCAGAGAAGUGUCCAGUGCAUCAUCUAGUCUGGUUUUGUGCGAUAAAUUUCAAUUACUGCUAUUCAGACUCACAACUCGAGGUACUCCUGUAGGAUACUGAUCAUGUGGACCCAUUUCAAUUGGAUAUGCACCCAGGAUAUGAGACUAACAGCUUUGGUUGAUAAGUUGAACUGGGAUUUGAAUUGGAUGUGUCUUCAUGCACUCAUAUUAGCUCCCUUGGAAACAGCAUCCUUAAAAAGAGCAUUUAAAAAAUGACAGGCCAGUUUUAAAACCAGAAAUAUAUUUAUUAGUACAGCAACAGAGAAAGACUGAAUGAGGCCAAUUCUAAGAACCAACUAUAUUUUUGAAUAUAAAAAAAUCUUAACAUCUGAAAGUACUUAUAGAUGGAGAAACAUUCUGCCCAUACUUACUGUGUUCAGAAACCUGUUACCUACAUGGAUGGCUAUCACUGGAUAUUUCUAUGUGAAAUUUUGAUUGAUGUAAAUCACAUUUUCAAUUAUACUUUAUCAUUUUCUAGUUAAAAUAAAUUAUACAAAUUUAAUCCUCUACUUUUAUUUUCACAGGUGCUUCUGUGUUUUGUGUGGCCCCAAAUGCUGUGUUUCCAUUUGAACUCAAUAGUGAAAACUCUCUGAAUCAAAGGGAUAUUUACUUGAUGCAGUGCCUUCAACAGUUGAAACAAUUUGUUGCUACAUAUGGACCUGCAACAGAUGUUCUUAUUAGCGAGGAUUAG